AUGGCCCCAGCCUUGCAGGGCGACGGUCCAGGCCACGGGGCCGGCGGGAGGGACAGAAACACCACGCUGCGCUCUAAAACCCGCAUUGCUGACGUAGGCGAAAAAACCGCUAGGCUCAAAUGGGACUGGGCCGGUCACGUCUACCGCAUGCAUCCGGAGAGGUGGGCUAGCUUAUUAGCCACCAGGUGGAUGCCGGUAGAGGGACUUGGCCGCGGUAGGCCCAAACGGAAAUGGCGAGAUGACCUGGACAGCUUCCGGAACAACUGGCCGGAGGAAGCACCAAAUCGGGAGUCGUGGAAAUUAAGGGGAGAGGCCUUUGCCCAGCAGUGGGACACUCAAAUAGGCUAA